CGGAGCCCCCGCGUACCGGUCGCAGUCCCUUUAAAAUUUGAAUCACUGUCGGUUAGUGAGUCCGGUCCAGUCGUGACGGUGAGUACUCCGUGCGGGCGGCGCAAGUGCGCAUCCAUUCGAUCUUUGGUUGAGCAAUCGGCGCAUGAGGCGGAUCCGCGUAUCCGCUAGAUCCGGGUUCGCGACGACGAUCGGCGGGCGACCUGUUGAUUCCCACGAGGAUCGCCGCGUGACGCGAGCACGGACGAACGUCCGGUCGCGAACGAUGUCGGAGACGAGCGGGGACAGCAUCAAGUACAAGUGGACUCCGGAGAGCACCGCGCUGCUCGUCUCGGUGUGGUCCGACCGGCAGGUGCAGAAGCAGCUCGAAUAUGCUGCCCGGCCGCAGAUGAUCUGGGAGAGCAUGGCGCGUUACAUGAAGAAGAAGGGUUACAACGUCACGGGCAAGCAAUGCCGAUCGCGCAUGAAGCAGGUCCUGGUGUGCUACCGCGAAGCCAAGCGAGUAGGCACCCGCGCUGGCGUGGAACAGUACUACGAGACCAUCGACCGGGUGCUGAGAAGCAAACGUCUGGACACCAACAUCAACGUCGGCGCGGACACCGUGGAUGCAAUUGUGAAGUCACCUCCGAAGGAUGUGAAGACCAACAAGAAUCUGCAGAUGAGACUGAAGGUUCAGGAACCUGUGCAAUCUCUCUUUCGAACGGAGGCUUUGUCUCCCACAUGGAUAGUGGGCUGUGAGAAUGAGUAUCCAGAUUCACCCGAGUCGAACGAGACCAUAAUAGCCAAGCCGCACCGAGUCUUCUCCCCUACGAGAGACGUCGCCAUAAACACUGGCGAGCGUUUCAUUCACAUUGGCAAUCGAGCGGUACAGACAAAUCCGAUAGAGAAGCCGAUACGCGAGGACUAUCGGCAGAACAUACUGACUUCUUUCCCAUACGGAGAGAUCCCGUAUCAGAACACAGUGCAGAACGUGCAGAAUCAGAUUAUUCAGGAGAACAUGCAACAACAUCAAAAUAUCCAGCAACAAAAUUAUACCGGGUGGAAUCAGUUGCCGCAGCACAAUGUGCCAGUGAACAAUCAGCUCGGCUUCCAGCAGAACGUGCGCAAUCUCAACCAGCAGUACUUGCCGAACGGGAUGACACAGAACAACAUGAUGCAGAAUCCUAACGUGGAAAAUAUUGCGCGUCAACAAAAUCAGCUGCACCGAGGUGCGCUGUACGCGGGUAAUCAAGCGAUGCCGCAGGAGCCGCGUAAGGUCACUUACGCGCAAAACUUGACUACGUACAGACAGUAUCAAGACAUCGGGCCUCGUUUAACUUGUACGGCGAACGUCCUCUCAAACGGAUCGCCGGACUACUCGCCGGACGUGUCGCAGAACUUGAACGAUGCUUUCUGUGAGUCAAAGAGCGAUGACAAGUCGCAUAACUUGAACGAGACGUACAGCCGACCCACGGACAAUCCUCUGCAGGCGGAUAUUACUGUCGUGACGAACAAUGCGACUUGUAACGAUGAUAGUUUGUUGCUGGACUUCUUGUUGGAAUCACCCUCUCCACCUCCGGAGAACGGCGGAAAGUCGCGGGACAGCGCCGUGAACACGGACGAGAUGCCGAGCGCACCGUUUAGAAAAAAGAAGGCGCAGAAAUUGGAGCAACUUAUGCUCAACGCAAUUAAUUCUCAAAAUGAAGUUGUCAAUAAGAUCUUGGCUGCACAGAAUGACAUGGUCACGCGAUUCCUCGAUGUAGACAGAGAUCGGCAGAAUAGACUCGAGAACAGAUUGGAUCAUUUACUAGACGUCGUUCAUGCUACAGUACUUAAUAAGAAUGAAAACCCAUCACCGCCACCGAUGCCGGAAACUGCGAUUACCUCCUUGCUUCCGCCACCGAAGCCUGGAAUGGUCCCGCCCAAGUUAGAUCUGGUUCCGCCAAAGCCUUGUCGCGUUCCUUGCACGAUACCGAAUUCAAACAUCGAGUUGGUCAAUCAGAAUCCCAUUCUAACUAGACCCGGCGUCGUGUCGCCAAUCACCGUCAGUCCAGCAGGCAAAAAGCUCGGCACUAUAUGGUCGAAAUUAGGCCCGGUGUCUACGUCGCCGUUUGUGAAGGCUCAGCAACGACUCGGUUUUCAGCCUGUCUACAACAACAACGACGCACGCACGAAAUCGUCAGCGGAGAGACGCAUCGCUAGGGAGAUAGGUGGAAUGCGUAUGGACGUGCAAAGCUUGGUCUAUGAGACAAUGAAGCUGCUGGAAGCGGAACGCGAACUCGAGGCAAAGAUAGAAAACGCGCGACUGGAACUAAAUAUAGGCGAGACUUUGACCGUUCGCAGAAAGCUGUUCACGCAACGAGAACCCACCCCCAUUAUGAUACUAACCGCGGCUUUCUUGGAUACCGAGUGUCGCGUCUACGAGCAGGAUCCGCCUUAUUACGGCACCUGGAAUUCGCGAAAGGAGAAACUAAAGUACGAGCGACGGGAUAAUCUUGUAGCCGGACAGGGUGAGAGCUAUGAGCGUAUGCGUCAGUUAAAUACGGCAAUCCGACCCGAUUACUUGGGCUGCGAGCCGUGCGAUACAUCGACUCCGGCAAAAUUGCCGUUCAACAAUAUUGCCAAGAACGCCAAUAAUGAAGGCGGAGCACCGAAGCCAAGCAUUCAGCAGCUUGCGCGACUCGUGAUGAACAGCGCGAGAUGGCGACAUUCCGCUCCGCAGAAUUUAGCCUGUCCUGCAGUUCAAACGGUAAAUCAAGAAGCUCAGAACGUCGAGUAUAACGUGACUCUCACCGCUCCGAAAGCGAACGCGCCUCCACCUUCACCUUCUCCUGAACCGCAAGGAUUCGUCAAGGGCUUCGACACGCAACGUAAACUAGGCAGCUAUAAUGAAGCAGCUUUUGAUUGUAGACCUCUGGAAAACGAUCUGCGUGGUCAAUCCAAAUUCCCGAUGGGCUUCAGCACUGCUCUGUUAAUGGCCAACGAUCAAAGAAGCACGACUCUACCGAGGCAGACGAACAGCGGAGUAUCUAGAGGAUUGGGAUUCGGGACUGAGAAUCCAUUGACCGAUCGCAAAAACAAUGUCCGUUUCAUGGAUGAGGCGUUGGCCGAGCUACAACGGAUGUGUAUCGAGCGUCAGAACACUGAUCUGAACGAAGCAUUAUUGCCUUUUGUGGUGAGUAACGGCAAUAGUGCGAUAAGCGCACAAAAUCGCAAUCUGAUAGAGCGUUACGUGAGCGACCUGAUGUCGAAGAAGACGAAAGACAAGGACUCGGACUCGGACGAUGAAUAUCUCGACACUUCCACCAGUAUGCAUCCGGCUUGUAUGGUGCGCAGAAGCUCGUUGACUUCAAACGGCACAGCGUCGACGGAAACCCGUUCGAUGAAAAUCGGCAAAGCAGCUAACUGUAGAAUAAGUUAAGCGCAGGGAAAGAAGAGAAACAUAUUUUUUAAUAAUUUUUUUUACUUGCGCGAUCAGUCUUCCUUAAUAAUUGCUCAAGUGCGUCAGGUUCCUCAUCACUUGUUAUUUCAUGACACGCGUAUUGUUUUCAACGUUACACUUUGGUAAUUGUAAGAUACGUAAUCGUCUUAUAGUAGCUUAUCGCAAAGACGAAAGCUUAAAUUGGCGUUACGACUUAAUGUUUAAUUCUAUUAAUCCUUAAAUACUACCAAAUAGAAAAUUAUAGGUAAAUAUUGGCAGUACUAGUUACAUUUUUGCCAAACACUUAAUAUUGAAUUCUUAGAAAUCAAAUAUUUUGAAAAUUUAUUCAGGUAAUUCAGGUAAAUUAAUAUUUUUCAAUUUUCUUCAUAAAGAAAAACAUGAAAAUUACUUGUUGUGAAUUUUAAUCCAAUGUGAUAGGGAUUAAUUACUAAUUUAGUAUAUUAACGAUACAAUUUAGUUGAUUAUGUUAUUAUCAUAUAGAUCUUUGAGGAAUAACACAUUCCAUAGAAAUAUGUUUUACACAUACUAAUGAUUUGAAUUGAGCAUACAGUGCAAUGAUAUCUGUUGAAAGUUCUUUUUUUAUUGUUUCGAUUGUUUUCAUUAUUUAGUCUUAUUAUACAAUGUUUAUCACAUUUGUAUUAUAUAGUCUAUGCGUACAGUAUGCAUAAUUGUGAGCAAAUUGAUUAAGCAAUUUUAUGAGAGAGUAUCGCGCAAGAUUAAAGAAGAGGAAGUAAUUACUUAUAUCCUUAAAUAAGUCGAAUUUGUAUGGGAGCAAUCUCGUAUUUUUAUAUCGUGACUUAUGAAUUUAUACGAUUUUGUUAUUCUGCGAUGUUAUCGCAAUCACGCAUUCAUCGCAAAAUUUAUAUAUAAGGGAAAGAAAUGGUUUAUCGCCUUUAUUUUAAUGUGCCAAAUUAGCGAUGUGCAAAUUGAAUUUCAUUUAUAAACAAGUGCCUUAUUAAUAAAGAAUUUCAUCUAUAUUUA